AUAAGACUUCUAUUAGAAUUAAUAAAAGAUGACAUUCCUAGAGUCCAAAAACUUGGAAAUACUCUGUGCACGAGCCUGUCACGCAUAAAAAUAGAAUAAAUACCUACCAUGAAAAUAUACAGAUAAAAAAAAAGAAAAAAGAAAACACGUAACUAAUAUGGACCACCUGUCAACCGGUGAGGGAAAACCCGACAAAUUUGGCGUCAAUAACCAUAUCCUGCAACUCCCAGUCCUCUCUUUUCUCUCCUCUUUCACUAAUUCUAUUUCCAUUCAAUUCAAAUUCUCACUCUUUGCUUUUCUCUUUCACCUGUGUUACUCAUCUGCACCACUAUACUUCUUACACAUGCUCUGCUCCAUAUCCCACUUUACUUUAGGUCCCCCCCACAUUCAUUCUCUCCUUGUGGUCCUAUUCUUGAUUUCUUUGAUUUAAUUCCUACAUUUUUUUUUUAAUGUCUGUUUCCACCAACAAUCCACCCAGCACUGUUGAUGACGACGACGAUGAAGGUAACGGCGUCGGUGGUCGGUGUAAGGAGACGGAUGAUUCAGAGGGUGGUGGUCGGAAUAAAGCGAAAAAGGUGUCUUGUUUUCGGUUUAGGAAGGUUAAGAGGACGUUAUUGAGGAGGAAAAGAAAAGGGGUUUCGAAUAAUUCGGAGAGAAUAAGGGAAGUGGGUGGUGGUGGUGGUGGAGGAGGAGGAGGGUGUUAUUUGUGCUUGAAGAGACCGCUGACUUCUGAUUCAGGCGGCGGUGAGUCACAAACAAGUGAUCCUAAUAGCCCCAAUUUUACAUAUGAUAUGCUAAGACUUUUUGUUGAAAAAAAUGAUUUUUAUUCUAAUGAAUGCAAUCCCCAUUUGGAUGUUGAUUCUAAGCCUGUCUCUAACCAAGAUGAUAAAUGAAAUGUGGUUGAAAAAGGAGAAUUUUUUUGAUGAUAUACAGUUUGAUUCUUGUGCUGCUAUCUGGAUAUAACUCUGAGGCUUCGAAAUGCCUAUAAUUUGUGCAGUCGCGCGAUCAUCAUUAUCAUGGCCUAGUAGAUUUAGCAGUCAAAAUACUUUAUUUGAACUCCGAGGCCCGAGGGUGAAACAAUGCUGUUGUGUUGGUUUGUUUUUAUUGCCUCUGCUGUAUGAUUCCCAUUUUGUGGAGCUGAAAGUCAUUUUUAGCAGAUUGAGAGCAUAUAGCUAUUAGAAAUUCGGAUUGCAAUCCGAAGAAAAGUUAUGUUUCUGGAUCAGAUUUUAGAACAUUUCAGAAAAUGGGGCAUAUUGAAGCCAAGGGAACUGUCCAUCCGAUUGCUCUGUGGUGGAUGGCAACUCGAGUAUGAGGUAUAAAACUUGAUUGAAUGAGACUAUUCUUUAUGCAAAAGAAUCAGAUUUUGCAGUGAUCACCUUUUGUAUCAACCAUAAUCUUGUAUUGUGCUACUUCAAUUGUGUUCAUCACUCAAUUCUUAGAGCCAUAAUUUGUAAAAAGUACUGGCCAGGCAGCCAUAGUUCACAUUGUCUAUGAAGGUGGAAAUAUUGCAUAUCUAUGAAAUAUGUGAUUGCAUCUGAUGUUAAGCUUUCCUUUGAGAAAUUUUGCAUGUUCUAUGUUAUGUUAUCUCUUCUUCUGUUUGUGUCUCUACUAGAAAAGAUAUCAAUGACUGAAUUAUUUUCGAACUUGAUAAAGAACAGUGAUGGAUCAUGGUGAAGCGAAACAUUAAAGCAAUAUGGCCUUAUGGCGAAAUAGAUGAACCAUAAAAGCCCUAUGUUAUCAAAGUUCCUUGUGUUAGAGCUGUAACUUAGUAUGAUACCUAGCAAGUGUAUCUAAGGUUCAUAAAUAUUGGCGAUAAACUUGGACUUAACUAUGAAGUAUAAGAAUGAAUUCUGAAUAACUUGUCGUUGGGACCUUGGGGUGAAAAGAGCUGUUUUUCUUUCACACUUAAUGGGACCAUUAUCUUAUCAAAAAAAUCUAGAAUUUACAAUUUCUCUGUGUAACUUACCUGCUAAGGAUGCUGAUGUUGUACAGGAAUCUGUCAAAAAAACUUUGUACAUUCCUUCCUCUCUGUGUUUUGGUAUCAGAGUAUAAAUUUGAAAUGUUAUCAGUUACUGAAGUGGCCUUUGCUUCACUAUCUUAUCUGAAGUGCUGUGCUUAGUAUGUUUAAAGUAACAAAUGUAUUUUGCUUGGUAUAUUAGAGAACUUUAAGCAAUCCCAUAUUAAGUGUCUUAAAAUUGAUGGAUAACACAAGUGAUGGUGAUCUCAAAUCUUUAACAAAGGCAUGGGUAGAGGAGAAGAUACCAGAAAUAAGAAUGCUUAGAAGGUAAGCAUAGCUUUGCCCAGAAGGAUGAUCUUUGCGAUCAUUAUGUAUGAGGUAAACCAAAUAAACUUGAGGUGCCAAAUGAGGAAGACACAGCAAUUUGUUGCAUGUGGGUACUUAGCUGGAAGGCAAUUGCUAGUAACAUAUAACAUUGACAUAUCACGCAAAUUUCCUUAUUUCUGUCAAUUUUGUCACUGGUUGUUCUGAAAUACCUAAGUCAACUUUUUCCUUUAUAUUAGUUCAUAAUAGAGGAUUGUGCAUUUCAGCUAUCCAUCUACUAAAGAUGUUUCUCCAGAAUCACAGUAAGCUUCUGUUAGCUUCAUGUUGAUGGCUCGCUACUACUUUCUUAAAAAGGGCAGAAUUUUUAGGACUCUUUUGCUGAAAGAUAUUGUGACUCUUGUAAUGUUUCUUAAAUAUCAAUGUUAAUUUUGAGUAUUCAGAGAAGCUGCAGAUCAUUCUUAGGACCCUUUAUAAUGAAGCCAUUGUGAAAGAUGGUCAUUGAGUUACUAAAGAGGCCCACUCCAAGGUGUUUGGAGUUAGAGAAGAGUUCUUCGCAAGAUGUGGUGUUGUUCAAUCAUUACAUAUCUUUCAAGAGAAGUAUGCCUUCAGUUUCUCUCUUCUUCCCCACUUGUUAUUCUGGAAUCCAUGGAGUGGUUGAAGAAGUUGUAUUCAGUAUUUCAUCCUAUCAUCCCAAGUUUCCUGGUAUGGAGUGUGAAAGCAGAAAGAAUAAGGUGCUCUGGUAUAUUUGAUUGUGCAAGCAUAAAGGAAUAUCGAAUAGCACUUUGUUAAGAAAGAUCCUUAAAUGUCAAAAUCAGGUUGGCUGGUAUGCAGUUGCAGGACUUCUGUUCAUUUUGUUUCUUCUAAAUUUUCAUUCAACUGUCUUCUGUAGUUAUCCCCCGGUUAGAUUUUUGUCGUUAUAGCAUUGAUUUACUUCAUUA